AUGCUUUCAUCCUCAAGAAGAUUUUUUGCUUCUAAGAUAGACUUAAUCUUAAAUCAACAGGUGCUUGGCCUUAUUGGUUACGCAGUCUCUAAGGACCUUAGUGUGCUUCAUCUGCUUUGCGAGAACUCUAUUGGUCGCCUCUCGGCUGAGAUGAAUUGAUUGACAAGCUAGUUCAAGCUUUAUCUUGCUUCUCCUUCUGCUUCUAAUUCCAUAGACAGCUAAAGUGUGCGCGUUCUCGGCUCAAGUGUUGAGUAGGCAAAACUAUGGACUUCUGCAGUACUACAUUGGGCGAUUGAGAAGCAGCAUGAUCAAAUCCAGUCUAGCGAGUACUAAAGUACCCUCUUUCGGGAGCUACAAAUAAAGAUUAGCUCCUAACUCCCCCCCCCCCUCCGUGAGCGAACAAAAAAAUUUUUGUUCGCUCACGGAGGGGGGUUAAAUUUUUUUUUUUAAAAAAAAUUUAUAUAUAAAUUUUAUAAAAAAAAAUAUUUUUUUCGAAAUUUAAAAAAAUCCUAAUUUGCAAAAAUUGGGAAGCAAAUAUUAAUUUAAUUUGCAAAAUUUAUGUUUUAAAACGCAAUUUGUUUAAAAUUAAACAGAAUUAGCUCUAGAUUUCAUUAUACUAAUUAUCACUUAUAUAUCAAAAUUUUUUUUUCCAUUAAAAUUUUUUCUAUUAAAAAAAUUUUUGUUCACUCACGGAGGGUGGGUUUUUGGUCAAAAAAUGGCGAUUUUUCUAAUGGUUUUGUUCGCUCACGGAGGGGGGGGGGAGUAAGGCCUAGGCAAUAACCCCCGGCUUCACGGUAGAGAAUGGCCAGAGUCCUGAAGGACAUUGUACUAUCUCAAUUUACAACUACAGGGACCAAGUCAAAACUUACCCUAAAUACACCAACAGUAAACCGGCUUAGAUUCUUUGACUGGUUCCUCACCAAAUUCGCCUUUCCUAUAAGGUUGUGAAAAUUGCAUUAAGAGAUAGGGUGUGUGUAUACCCGCCAUUAUAUAUGUGCUUCUAACUCCCCCCCUCCGUGAGCGAACAAAACCAUUAGAAAAAUCCCUAUUUUUUGCCCAAAAACCCACCCUCUGUGAGCAAACAAAAAUUUUUUUAAUUGAAAAAUAUUUAAGGAAAAAAAAUUGAUAUAUAAGUGAUAAUUAUUAUAAUCAAAUCUCUAGCUAAUUCUGUUUAAUUUAAACAGCUUGCAUUUUAAAAUAUAAAUUUUACAAAUUAACUUCUUAAUUUUCACAAAUUAGAAUUUUUUAAAUUUUGAAAAAAAAAAUUCUAUAAAAUUUUCUAUAUAAAUUUUUUUAAAAAAAACAAAUUAACCCCCCGUGAGCAAACAAGAUUUUUUGUUCGCUCACAGAGGGGGGAGUAAGAUAUUCAACUCAUCAGCCGAGGCCGUGGCUGACAUGAAGAGCGGGAUGGCAGUCAUGAUAGCAGGCUUUGGGCUUUGCGGAGUCCCAGAAAAUCUGUUGAGAGCAGUGCACGACUUGAAAAUCAACAAUCUCAAACUCAUCACCAACACCUCAGGCACUAAUGAAUUUGGGCCUGGACUUUUGAUCAAGGACAGGAUGGCUUCAAGUAUUCACUGUUCCUACCUUGGAGGAAACGAAACCUUGGAAAAUCAGUAUUUGAAUGGCGAAAUUGAGCUUGACCUCAUUCCUCAAGGAUCGUUGGCUGAAAGACUUAGAGCAGGCGCAUGCGGCAUUUCAGCUUUCUACACCCAUACUGGUGCUGGCAGUUUGGUUGAAGAAGGAGGCUUUGUACAGAAGUUUGGACCAGGAGGGAAAACAGUAGAGAAGAUCUCUGCCCCAAGGGAGGUCAGAAUCUGGGGAGGUAAAAAAUACAUCCUCGAAGAAGCGCUCAGAGGAGACGUUGGCCUUAUCAAGGCUUGGAAAGCAGACACUGAGGGCAACUUGAUUUACAGAAAGACUGCUAGGAAUUUCAACCCUGACAUUGCUGGGUCUUCAAAAAUCACGAUUGCAGAAGUCGAAGAAAUCGUCCCUGCUGGCACUUUCGACCCAGACCAGAUCCAUACUCCUGGUAUUUUCGUUCAUAGAAUCGUUAAAGGUGAGUAUUUCGAAAAGCCAAUUGAAAGGCUGGCUCUUAAUACUGGAGAUAAAAUUCAGCUUCCUGGGACUCCUGAACAAAUCAGGAAACGUGAGAGAAUUGCCAAAAGAGUUUCCAAAGAAAUCAAGGACGGAAUGUAUGUGAACUUGGGGAUUGGAAUGCCAACCUUAGUGCCAAACUACUUACCAAAGGGCAUCAAAAUUGUGCUACAUGGUGAAAACGGACUGCUAGGAAUAGGACCAUACCCGAAAUCAGGUGAGCAAGAUCCAGACGUUAUUAAUGCAGGCAAAGAAACUAUCACAAUGGUGCAGGGCUCUUCAAUUUUCUCAAGCAGCACUAGCUUCGCUAUUGUUCGUGGCGAUCAUCUUAAUUUAACUAUUCUCGGAGGGCUACAAGUGUCCCAGGAUGGAGAUCUUGCAAACUGGAUUGUCCCAGGCAAAAUGGUGAAGGGUAUGGGAGGAGCUAUGGACUUAGUUGACAGCCACUCGAAAUGCAUUGUCUGUAUGGAGCACACUUCUAAAGGAGCUCCAAAGAUCCUCAAAAAAUGUUCUCUCCCACUAACAGGCAAGAAAGUUGUAAGAAUGCUUGUGACCGAGUACGGAGUUUUCGAAUUCCGAAGAGACACUGGAAUGACUCUCGUUGAAAUCGCUAAUGACAUCACUCUUGAUAAACUGAAAGAAAUUACAGGUGCCCAGUUCUACAUUGGAUCUGAUUUGAAGAAGAUCGAAGAAUAA